ACCGCUUUGAGCUCGACGAGAAAACGAGAAAAUACGCGCGUCGCACGGACAACUUACGAGUCGAGACGAAAGUACUUAUAUCGAUACAUCCGGCGACGAGAUCUUCGACGCUUGCGCUCCUGGCCCAACCGACCAAAACUUGCCACCGGUUUCUUUCUUUUUCCUACUUCGGCGCCAAGCUCGGACCCUUCGUCGUUCAACUGUGGAACUCGCAAGGCCCCUGGGAGUACGGCAAGCUUCUACCCGAAGUAAACAGUUCGACAAGGAAACCCUCGCAGUCACCGUGAUACUCUUUUCCACCGGGAAGGAAGAAACCAGCGGACUUUGAGUCAGAGAUAUAAACAGGUCAACGUAACUUGGCAACGGAAUCGUUGAGAAGAACGGGAAAGGACGAGGAGAAAAGAUGGAGAAAGACGAGCACCGUAGCGUAUCUCCGGAGGGAAAAGCGUGUUCCUUUGCUCCUGGUGAUAAUAAAAAAUUCCAAGGCACAAAAACUGCAACUUUGUCCGGUCUUCCGUUAGCGGAGAAGCCAAAUGAACAAGGAAAAACGAAGGCAAGGAACAGAAGAAAAGAAAGAGAUAAGAGAAGGAAGAAUGGGCUAGUGUUUAUCGUGCGAUUGCCGAAGGCGGCUAUUUUGCCGCUGCACUGUCACCGCGUCGUAACGGAAAUAAAAGAAAAACAUACUUUCGCAGUUUCCAUCGCUUUUCUCUAAACUACCACGGAGCCAUUAUCCGAGCUACGCUCCCACAGGAUUUUAUACCGUGUCUAACUUACU